CAGAAGUAGAAAUGCUCUCCACUACGAUGAGUGAUGCUUUACGUUUCACCUGACCUCUAUAUAAGGCCAACGUGCUACGCGAGGAAACACACAGCCUUCCUUCGACAACACGAACAGCUACUACCUGAAACAACAUUGAUUCCCCGUACACGAUGUGCAGAGGGAAGUUCGCCGCCAACGACCGCGGCAUGGGGCGUCCCGGCCAAGCCCUGUCGGCGGGGAAGGCGGAAAUGCGCGGCAGCUGGUCGACGGAUGAGGAUUCUGACGACUGGGAGGCCGCCCUCCGGGAGUUCAUGGCCGCCGCCGACGGCGACGGCCGCAAUGAGCCGCUCCCCACAGGUACCAUGGCAUCCUGCGAGCUAUACAGCUCGCCGGCCAUGGCGAGGCCGAGGCGGCGCAGGGCGAGCCCUAGCCACCCGUACCGCGGCAUCCGGCAGCGGGCGUGGGGGAGGUGGUCGGCGGAAAUCCGCGACACUUUCAAGGGCGCUCGCGUCUGGAUCGGCACCUUCGACACGGCCGCGGAGGCCGCCCGCGCCUACGACGCCGAGGCGCGGCGCAUCCACGGUAGAAAGGCCAGGACAAACUUCCCUGCAGCGCCGGCGGCGCCGUGCAGCCAUCGUCCUGGACCGUCUUCUUGCACCACCGAUGACGGCGCGGACAACGUGGCCCGUGCAACGGAGAGCGCCUCGUCUUCGUCCAAGGAUGUCCACGGGACUGCGCCUUCCGACGCGCACAUACUGCUGGAGUGCUGCUCGGACGACGUCAUGGAGAGCCUCCUCGCCGGCUCCGACGUGGCCGGCAACAUGGACCUCUGGAGCUUGCGGUUCCCGAGAUAACAAUAACACAUGCAUCCGGUAGCAAUUUUGUUAAAAACACUUUGUACGAAACAUACACGUACGUGUACAAGUAAGUGCGUCUCGUUUCUUUUCUGUCUUACAACAGGAGAAUGAGCAAUUUUAACGAGCUUUGCUACACUACCUAAAAUCUUCAAAGGACGUGUUUGGUUGA